UAGCUGACACCGCAUUUUGCUGAUUUUACUUCAACGCUGCGAAAAAAUAUCUCGAGUGGUCAAUGUCUUACCAGAGUGCCUUUCCUCGAGGAUUACUAGCUUACAUCGUACGUACCUCGGCUCCCCGUGAGCGCAACAUACAUUACACCGGUCACCGAUCGCUGCGGCCGUAACCUUCACUCCAUGCGAGCAUCUAUAUACUUCUAGCUACUUGUGACUUUAGACGUGUAACUUCUCUUCUUCUUUCAAACACAGUUCCUGUUCAUCGUGCUCUUCCUUGCCUACUACACUUUCUCCUCGAGUCUCGAACACAAACACCAAGACCAUAACAAGACCAAACUACCAGCUUGGAAAACACCACACACCAUGCCUGCAGAGAGAUAUUCAUACAUGAGCAAUGUCUGGAGAGACGGCAUCUUCGACAACAAAGUCCUCUUCUGCACCGGUGGCGCAGGCUCCAUCUGCAGCGCCCAAGUCCGCGCAAUGGUCGCCCUAGGCGCAAACGCCUGCAUCGUCGGCCGCAACGUCGAGAAAACCGAAGCCAUGGCCCGCGACAUCGCGACCGUCCGCUCGGGCGCAAAAGUCCUCGGCAUCGGCGCCAUCGACGUGCGCAAGCCGGAGCUCCUCCAACAAGCCGCAGACCGUUGCGCCAAGGAACUCGGUAGCAUCGAUUUUGUAAUUGCAGGUGCGGCGGGAAACUUCCUCGCCUCCAUCGACCAGCUCUCCGCAAACGCAAUGAAGAGCGUCAUCGAUAUCGAUGUGUUGGGCAGUUACAACACGGUCAAAGCUACACUCCCGUAUCUCGUCGAGUCCGCGGCUAAACACCGUACAAAUGGUACCACGCAGCCUGCGAAUGGGACGGGCGGCCGUAUCAUCUUCGUGAGUGCUACGCUACAUUAUACGGCGACGCCGCUGCAGGCGCAUGUCGGUGUUGCAAAGGCCGGUGUAGAUGCCAUGGCUAUGUCUGUGGCUAUUGAACAGGGGCCCAAGGGUAUCACGUCGAAUGUUAUUGCUCCAGGUCCUAUUGCUGGUACAGAGGGAAUGGCGCGGUUGGCAAAGGCUGAGGCGAAUAAGGCGGAUAGUAAGGCGGCAAAGACAGUGCCUAUCGGGCGCUGGGGUACUGUCAAGGAAAUCGCUGAUGCCACGGUGUUUUUGUUCUCCGAUGCGGGUAACUUUGUAAACGGAGAGACGCUUGUUGUCGAUGGAGGCGCCUGGCAUACUGCUGGCUUUAGCGGCGGCUUCGAGUACCCGGAUUUCUUGCUUUCUGGUGCUCCUGUUACUGGCGUUGCGGGAGGAAAAAAGGCAAAGUUGUAGAAAUAAUGUUGUGAAUGUAUGAUUGAGAUGUUGUCUGUAUUAAGAUCACACCCAUGGACUUCAUAUGUGCUUACAUGUUCCAAAACCUCAGAAUUAAACAACUUAUUUUCUUGCUA